CAACAGCAACAGCAACAGCAACAGCAACAGCAACAGCAACAGCAACAGCAACAGCAACAGCAACAGCAACAGCAACAACAUCAGCGCAGGAAGCGUGGUCGAGGACAGGAUGACAAUGGCGGCUGGGUUGCAAGUCGACACGAUGUUCACCACGUUCAGAAAUCGAACGGACCAGAACAGUCGCCAAAGAAGAAAAACACAACGCCCACUCGGAAGUCGGAACAGGAACUAUUUCAGAAGCUGUAUCUGGAGAUGGCUUCCCGCAUCACAAAGAAGAGUGUCCAGGAGAUGGAGGAGGUGGUUCACAGACUCAACCAAGAACUGGAGACGGAAGCGCACAAGGAGCGGUAUCAGGGAAGGAACGGAACCAAUGAUAAGGAUGAUGAUCUGGGAGCCGGGAACGGGAACUGGGGAGGUGAGGGCGGAGCUGGGGAUGACCAAGGUGGAGAGAUCGAGACCAGUGUGGUGGGACAUGCCUGGGUACCGAAGCAUGAUCUGAGGAAGAAGAUGCAUAAGAAAAAGGGGAGGUGGUGGGGGGAUCGUGCCGCUGUUCAGGUGCGGGUGAAUGGGCCCGUUGGAUACAGACGGAUAGCCAAGAAGGCUCCUGCUAUCUUUUACGUGCCACAUCAGGACGAUGAUGCUCUUGCGAUGGCUCUCUCAAUCCGCGAACACAUUGAGCGGGGACACCGGGUGAUUGUGCACCUGUACUCUGACGGCGUCAACCCCUUACUCCGCGACAUCGUCGCAGGCCACCGAUUCAACUUUACACUGCAGGAUGAGGUCACUGGACGGACACACGAAUUCAGGAACAGUCUCAAGGCCAUGGGGGUCCUGGACGAGGAUAUCCAGGAGACCGGAUGGAGUGACGUAGAACCUUAUAUGAAUUACAGUGCCUUCAAGGAGAGGCUGCGGGGCCUGAUUGUCGAAUAUGAGAUGAAGUACCCCGGCGCGUCGCACAAGUGCAUCAGCGGAGAGUACGAUCGCGACGGCACUGGCAGGAACCCGACCCACCGCGCCUGUUGGGACGUGGCCACCGAACUCUUGAACGAGCACCCUCAUGGCUGGCCUGCCUCACGCCAGCUCUGGGAUUUUCGGUUCUAUAGGACAUACACGUUCUACAAAGCCCAGGAGCAGCGAUCUGCUCAAUACAUCCGUUUCCUGCCCCAGUACCUUAGUUCCAAACAACGUGCCCUGGAUCAAUACAAGCGAUGGGUUCCCGAGAACGGCGAAUUCGCAUGGGGUUACCAUUCGGUCCAGUACCUGAUCGAUGCCUCCUACACCGAUCCACAUUUGUACAUCGAUAUGCUCGACAACGACCCGGUGAACCCUCAUAACUGGAUCGCGGCAAGUCAGGGCGGCAGCGGCGACGGGACCUUGGAGAGUGUCCCUGGGCGUUAUGAGCAUACGGCGAACGGCACACGACUGUUGGUGGGAGCAGACGAAGGGUCUGCGGAAGGUGCGAGCGGUAGUGGUGGCCACGUCGCUAGCGGAAGUGAUGUUGAUGAUGAUGAUGAUAAGGGGUGGACCGAGGCGGAGAAUGCGAACCGGAAACAGUUUAUAAAGUCGGUUGAGGAUGCGAUCAAGAAGCCGGAGGGUCGUGGGUACACCUACAGGGGAAUGCCGCCAUCCGCAUGAGGAAGGGAGUAUGGCGACAAGGGGGGGGGGGGG